AUGGCGGCGCGAAAUACUUUUUCGAUCUCUCCAUCGGACUUGUCUCACAAUUCAGUGUCUCACAAUUCAGUGUCUCCUUCACAACUGCCACCAACCCCUCCCCCGACUUCGACCGCGGUCUCAAAGUCGCCCUUGGAGUGGAAGGCGAGCUCUCCGAACCCACAGCCUCGCUCCACAGGUCCUGACGAGUCACUGCCCCUCGCAGUGUUUUAUGGACCGCUGGAUGCCAAAAACCCUCUCCUGGCCACCUGCGAGAAGGAGAUCCGGGAGUUACUAUCCUUUAUGAAGAGAAAAAAGCCUUUAGCGACAACAGAGGAACAGAAGCAUGAAUUCCAUCGGCGCUGUGCCACCUCAUUGUUUAAUAUCUGGACCAAAUAUGGCCCCCGGCUGCCAGCUGACUAUUACAAUGAAAAACUUCUGAAGGUUGGAGAUAGCCUUUGUGAAAUAAAAGAAUAUAAAUUGGCCCUUUUACAGUGCUAUGGGAGAUACCUUCAUCAGUUCAGUACCAACUUUGAAGAGGAGGAAACAGAUGUCAAUCAAUUCAAAGCUGCCUUUUUCCCAAAAGGCUUGGGAGACAAGGCUGCUAUACAUACAUUCCAUGCUUUAAAUGGCAAAAAUAUUUGCAAAUACAAGCUGGUCUGUGACAACGACAUGAACCUGCAGAAUAAAGAAUCUGUGGCCCAGUGUCUGCACAUCCUGGCCUCCUUCAGACUCAUCAUGCAGGUGGCCCUGCCACAGGAGCACCUCUGCUGGAUCAUUUACAAUGGUACCAUUUACAUUUACACCAUUUGCAGAAAACUGAUGGUCAUAGGCCAGGCUUCCAAGGCCGUAGAAUUUCUUCUGUGGGCCAGUGCUUGUAUGGAAUCGUCUGUUCCACUUUUGUCCAUCAGAUACUUGACAUGGAGAGCUACUCUUUACACUGCUGUCUGCCAGUGCUACUAUGACUGCCAAGCUGGUGUUUAUGGAGAAGCAUUUGCUCGGCGUGCUUUAGCUAAAAUUGAUGAGUUAAGGCAAUUGGAAUUAAUGAGCUCUUCACAGUCACACGAAGACACCAGAAGCUAUUAUAGGGAGGCUACGAUAAAGAUGGCAGUGAUGAUCUUCAAAAGAGGAGUAUUUGAGUCUAGAAGAAGAAACAAAACUUUCUUUAGACCAAAGAUAAGAGUCAACAUAAGGGAAGCACAAGCUUUGCCGUGGCCACGGACUGUCACAGAAAAGUUGUUGGAUGAGAUGUUUGACAGCACUGCUUCCCGGUUUCUGGCUAUCUUAGAAGCUCUUUCUGACUCAAACAGGCGGACAUUACAAGUUGGACCUGUUUUUACAGAUGAAGUAGAAGUUCGCGAUGUUGUGUCAGAACUGUUUGUGGCAGGAAAAGACCUCUUCAUAACGUCAACUACUAGUACAAAUGGAUUAUUUCAUUUUCCAGACACAUCUCUUCUGCAACUUAUUAUAAAAGGGGAGAAUGUAAUUUCUAUGGAUGCUGCUGUGAGAUUUGUAAAAUUAGCUUUUACCCAUGAGGAAUGGGGUUUAUUUGAAUCUUCAGCUGUGCAUCUUCUUGAAUUGCUCCAGAGGCAGAAUGAUCCAGAGUCAAAGAAAGCAGGAAAGGAUUUAAUUCUUCUUCUUGCAAUAGAACCUCUAAUCAACUUAAAGAGAAACAAGGGUUUGAUCUUUCCUUUGGAAAACUACAAAGAAGGACAGUCUGUUCAAGAUUAUCUUAAAAAUUUUGUGUCCCCUACUUCAUCUAUGGAGACCAGCGGAUACUCAGAAGAUAUUUACCAGUUGGCAGCAGUCUUGUAUGCAUGUAUCUGGGACUGUCCCCAGAAUAUUCUGCCUGAUAAAGAAAUCACCGUGGACAUGAUAGCAUUCCUAUGGCAGAAAUGUAAACCAGCAAUUCAGCGGAUCAGCACAUCCAGAAAUGACUAUGCAAAAUUCAUCCAGAAACUCAGCACUAACAAAUGGGUUUAUCUUCUCUGGCAGAUAAAUGAAGUCAUUCAGUGCUAUCCAAUGGAGGAUGUUGACAUUGUGAUGGUGGCAGAGGUCACAUUACGGCUUAGUGAAAUAUUGGAAUCUUUAGGAAACCCUAGAAGAAAAUUUAAAAAAUCCUUAGAGUUACCUGUAAGAAGAGGAACUGGUGAAUUCCGUGGUAGUUCAAGAGGUAGCAUAGAAGUUCUCCCACUACUAAAGAUGAAACCUAUGGAACAAUUAUUUUUGGCUUAUAAACUUCUUGAGAAAGCAAUUAUUGGAAUAAAUGUGAACUGCAUGUUAACUACCUUGCCAAAUGGGUCUUCAGUGACUGACCACUGCUACACUAAGUAUACCCACAAUAUGGAUGGAAACAUUUACAAACCAGUUACACCAAAUAGUUUCAUAAUGGAUUUGCAUCUUGAACUAAUUCAAUCCCAGCACCUAGUAGCUGUUGUGCUUCUUGACCAAUUAAGAGUUUUGCAGAAUCCAACUGUUAGCAAAAAUGUAUCUACCAAAGGUCCAGAAAAACUAAAACAAUCUGGAGGCACUGACUGUUUUACAGAGUUAAGUGUAAUGAAUAAAAUAAAGAAGAAUAAGCUAUCCCAAGCAAUUUACUUGAUGCAAAAAGCUCUUUUAAUGUUUGAGAAAGAUGCAACAUCUUCAUCCUCACAUAAUUUGCUGAUGGAAGCAUAUUCUUUGAUUGAGAAAGUUGAAGCUGAACAAAAUUCCCUAUAUUCAUAUCAGAAAUAUUUGGAAAGUUCGGAAAGAAAGAAAAGCAGAAUCCCUCCCCCACCCAUCCUGAUGUCUCGGACUCAUUGUUCGGUGACAUUAAAACCUGCUCCAUUUAUUUCAGAUGUUAAGGUCUCCUGGUACUGCAUUUUGGGUUGCAAAGCGAAAGGGAGCUAUGGAAAAGUAAGGCUAAACAAUAACCAUCUCCCAAACUCAGGAGAAGCGAUACCAGCUGAUGGUAAAAGCAUUUUCGAAGUGAAGGGUUUAGAAACCAAUGAAAAAUAUAUAUUUGCAAUUGCUGCUUAUUCUUCUACUGGGAAACUUGUCGGAGAUGCCGUGGGGGAGUCAACUAAACCAAUUCUGAUUUACCCACCUCUUUCUGCUGUUACUGCUCGAACAUUCUUAACACAGGUUGCCUAUCAGAUUGGUAAUUAUGAGUUGGCUAAGAAAGCUUUCUCACCAGUUUGGGAUUAUUUUGUUGCUUCUCCACGUCAUGAUGAAGAAUCCGUGAUCUCUUUAAGCAAUAUCAUGACGAUUACACAAAGAAGAUUAUAUCCAGAUAUUUUGGCAGAGACUUCAUCAAUCCUCUUAUACCUUUUUCUUAGAAGCAUUUUUGUAACAAGUGACAUUAAAAUUAAAGAAGAAAAUCUUUUUUGUGACAAUAUUAAAGGCAAUGAGAUUUUCCCCUCUCAACAAAUUGCUAGACUGAUUGAAUGUGAGAGAAUAUUAGUGGCCUUGGAACUUAGCAGCUACCUAAAUGAUUCCAUUUAUACCCUUCAAGCUGUGACUCAGUGUUAUGGACUCCUUGCUCCUAUAGUCUAUCACAAUAUUGUCUUGGUACCUGCUGUCCAGAUCUUGAUCAAAUGCAUAGUGGCUUUGCAAGGACUUUCAAAUGUUGUCCACUCAAAGAAACACAUGGCGAGUUUUGAAAGUAUACAGCACAUGGUAGCUUGCUGUGUCUUCUAUAUAACAAAGAUUCUCCGUUCAUGGAAGGAAUAUGACCUGGCAGUAAUGAUUAUAAAUUAUGGAAAAAAAAUGUUGGACAUCACACCCAAGUGCAAAUCUCUGUUUGGUUUUGUUGAAUCAGAAGAAGUGCCACAGGAGGACCCUAAGAAGGCUUCCAACUCUAAGAAGCCACAGCAGGUGUUAUCGGACAAAAUGAACGAACAGCUGGGCUUGUUGGAGACGCAUCUACUUAAGCUGACAAAGCAAAAUACUACAGCUGAACUCCAGGGAACAGAGGACCCUAUAUUUCUUUACCCUAUUGUUUUAAAUUGGUCAGUCAAAAGUGCUACCAAAGAAGUUAUGAAAUUUAAGCAGAGACCUAGAUUCCUGGAAUUCUUUACACAAGUUAUGAUGAAAUGCUUGAAUGAUGAAAAAUUUCACCUUUUGAUAGACAUAGCAAAUCCUGUCAAUGACUUCUUAAGGAGGAGGAAUGAAUCUCUAGUUGGAGUUAAGAGAGUGAAAAAUAAGGACACUGCUUUGUCUAAAAAGACCCCUAAAUCUUUGAAGAAAUUCAAAGCUGCAGUAAUGGAGACUGGAAGACCUACAGAAGGGACACAAAGAAGAAAAAGUAAAGGAAAGGAAACGCUGAGGGAAUUUUUUCGCAGAAAUCCAAGUCUUUCUGAAAUGAAUGAACAAGAAAGGAAUAAGAGAACUGAUGUUAGAAAAAUAGCCCAUCGACGUCUAGUGCAUAACUUGAAUCCUCUAGUGAAUAAUUAUGUUAAAAAAAAGAGAUUUCAUCAAAUAUUUCUUGAGGAGCUUCCCUGGAAAUCUCAGAUGAACUUAUAUCUGGCAAUUGCACACUUCAAUGUGGUUUUAAUAAAACUAGGGGAUCGGACGAAGAUGAAAUCUAGCACUCUGCAUACAAUGGUCAGUUUUCGAUCAUGUGAUCCUAGUAUGUUCUCAUUAUAUAACUCAGGAACAGUAUUACCAACAGGAAAACUGACUAUAGAAAACUAUAAAGUGAUGCUUGAUUUCCUUCAUACAGCUAAAAAAAGAAAGGCCAACCUACCAUCAGAUGCUGAAGAAUUUUCAGUACUUAUAAAUUCCAAAAUGAGUGAUGAAAACAUCUCCAAGACACCUAUGGCUUAUGACUCAGACUCUCAAUCAGGUGUUAGUUCUAAGGACAAGGAACGAACAACACCAAGUCUACUGGAUCAUUUUACCAAAGUCUUCUUAUAUAUCAGGAGAGCCAUGGUUCUCGCACAUCGUGGUGGCUACUGGACUCUGCUUCAAAACUGCUGUCGAGCCCUUUGGAAUUUCACUCAGGAGCUACAGAUACUUCUGAAACAGGCAGUGGACCUAUAUAAAACAUUUCCUAUCAGCCAGGAUGGUUUGCUAUGUACUGCUGCUUUGCCAUUCUAUUUGGGAGCAGACUUACUUAUUGACAUGUUAGUAGAACUACAAAAUGUCAAUGCUGUUAAGAUUAUUGAAGAAAAGGGCGAGUUCUGUGUUCCAAGCUGCUAUGGAAAUAUUAAAAAUGACAACGGAGGUUCUAGCCUAACGUUUGAGCAUCCUCUAGAUGAUGUAAAUGUGGUUGACUUGAAAUGGAUCCAUGACUUUGUGUUAAAAUCUCUGGAAUAUUUAUAUCAAGUGGAAAAAUGGGAAACACUAGUAUCACUUGCCAUUCAGUUCAACAUAAUUUCACAUGAGAGAUAUACGGAGCAAGUGACACCACUCCUGGUAUAUGCACAGCGCCAGCUUCUGCUGAGAAUAAACAAGCUGGAUGGUCCUGCUAUGAUCCAACAGCCAUGUGAAAGAUACGAGGCUGAGUAUGCAGAGAAGAUAACCUGCCGAAAUUUCAUUGGGAAGCAACUCAAGGUUAAUCCGUCAGCCAAAAAAAUGAUAGCAGGAAACAUCCCAGAAGGCCUACAAAAGCUUAUUUUUUCAGAAUAUAGCCAAGCCAAAGAACACAUGUGUGUGCCCUUGGAUGUAACAGACACCUUAAACUGUUUUAGAGAAACCUUGGAAAAAUCCAGAUAUCAUAACAGGUCAAUCCGACAUAGCAGAAAGUUGCUUUCAUUACUUCUUGCACAGACACAAGAUGUUCUCCAAGCCAGCAAUCAAAGAGGCCUUAAAGUUCAGGCACUGCACGAACUUGGAAGUCUUCUCAUCUUUGCAGGAAAGAAAAGGGCUGCUUUCAAAUGUUGGUCUCAAGCUCUUGAUGACAUAUUCAGAAAACAGGACGUGCUGCAUACAUGGAAGGAGCUCGGUGCCUUGCUCAACAAUGCCUCUGACACCAAUUCACCUUCAGGUUUGAAAGACUACAGUGAGGAAUUUCUGUUGAAAGUCGGCAUUUGGGGAUGUUUGCAAGGAGCCGUCAUUGCAGCCAAGAUAGCACAGUUUAUUAAGACAUUGGAUGUUGAGAAGAGGACCAACUGUUGCCUUUUCUCUGCAUUACUUUUUCAGGGUUUGCUUAGAACUACACUUCCACACCCCAAAGCUGAACGUUGCUAUGCUCAGUAUGAAAUCACUCAGCUUCUUCCAGGCAUUGAACUCUUCUCUGAUAGAUACAGAGCUGACAUCUGCUCUGUGGUUGCAAGUCUGUAUUAUGUUAUACGCGAGCUACACUUUGUCAAGCGAAAUCUCUUAACUCUGCCUCUCCUUGCAUUGUACCAGUAUUUUGUCUCAGGGAUUUGCCAAGACCUUGUCAGAAAUCUAGAAGCAAGAAUUCUCAAGAUAGAAAUACUUGUAGAUUUAAGAUUCUUCUCUGAAGCCUUCUAUGAGAUGUCCCAGAUUUUUCAUGGAAAAAACAUGCCUUCCUCGACACCUGCUGGCUCUAAAACUACUGGGAAGAUGAAGAUAUUUCAGUCAUUUGACUCAGGAAAACCUCUUACCAGUAAAGAAAAUAUACAGGCACUCGAUGAAUUAAUGACUAAAGGCAACCCUCUGACUCUGGUGGCAGUUAGUCAACAGCAUCUCUUAAAUAAGUUUUCUUUCGUUAAAGCAUACUUUUUAAUAAGAGUGGCAUCAACAAUUAAUUGUGUCCCAGAAAAUACGAUAAAAACAUGCUAUGGAUCCAGUUCAGAGCGGAACAAAGGAAACUUCCCAAACUUGAAAGAUUUAUGCUCAAAGGAUGAUGGAAACUUACUUCCUCAGUUUUCCAAAGAGAACAGUGAUGUCGCUUUAAGCACCCUAAAGUCAAUUUUACUGAGUGAAGCUGAAGACAGGCUCAACACUCUGGUGUCAGAGACGGGGCCCAUCCACAGAAGCCUCACUCAGCUGUCUGCCAGCCAGCUGGAGAUGGUGGUGGCGUCUCAGCUGCAGCUGGCCGCCAUUGCUCUACAGAGACACCGGGCAGCGUACAGUGCUGCAAUAGUAUUUUCCACACUUAAACUUCUCCAGGAUUCAAAACUUUUUAAAAAGAAAGUCGUAGAAGAUGAUACAGGAAAUUCCACUUCUACGAGAACGUUUGCCACUGAAAAUAAAGACGAUGAGUUUUUAGAUCCGAUUUCUCUAAAUUCUCGGGAAUAUUUCAACAUCCAUCUGUGGCUGAGGUGCUGCUUGGCACUGAUGACUGCAUUUGUCGCACAAAUUUCUGGCAUUGGAAUCGUGAAAGAAAAUGACAUGACAGACUAUGUGAGCCUCAUCAAGGAAGCCUGUAUGGAGGCAAAAAGGUCAGGAGAUAUUGAGUUGCAGGCUGAAUUCUUGAUGCAAUCUGUAAUCAUUGGUCUACAAGAAAAACAUUUAAAGGCAGACAUCAUACGAGACCUUCAGGAGAUAAUACAUUUGCUUGAUGGAAAUGAGUUUAUUUCUCCUCGAUCUCAUUUAACCCUGGUGAGAAGCAUGCUUUUGCUGGAUGACUUAACAAAAGCUGAUAAAUUCAAGGAAAAUCCCUCUUCAAAAACAGAAAAAUUAAAUCUGUUGACUCAGUGUCACAACAUUCUUAUUGAACAGAUGCUAACUUUUGGAGAAACAAUUGAGUUUCCUUUGUCAAACACUGACUAUGCAAGUCCAUUGCAGCCUUUGAAAAAUAUCUACCUUCCUCAUGUCAUGUUAUUGGCCAAAACAAAAAUGAGAAUUGGACAUACAAUAGCCAAACAAGUAUAUUAUACCAGUAGAAAGAAGGAUCCUUCAAAGUGGUUGCCUGCCCUUCACCUUUUUGAAAUGGCACUGAAGCUCUGUAAGACAUCAGCAAAAGAAAAACCUGAGGUAGAAGCAGAAAUCCUUUUUCAGAAAGGCAAAAUAGAACGUCAACUACUGAUGGAAGAUAGAUCUUCAAAUUUGCAACCUGAGAGCUUAUUUAAGGCAAUACAGCUAAGCCUGAAAAAUGACCAAAACUCAGGGUUGAUAAGAGACUCCUACCUAGAAAUGGCCUUAUUAUUUUUACAUCUGAGGAAGCCAAAGAGCAAGUUUUCAACAUCAACAUUAACACCUACGGUUAUUACCAGAAGGCAUAGUUCCAUUAAAGAACAAGUAGUACAUAGAUUUGAAACAUAUACCUCUUUGGCCUGGAUUGCUAUAAGAGCUGCUACACAGGUCAGUGAAGCUGUGUUGGCAAUUAACUUACUUAUUGGAAAGAAAAAUGCCAGAACUGAUAAAGUGAGUGAAGAAGCUUUACCAAAUAUCCCAGAAUUUGCCAGUGUGGACCUUCUGUCUUCCUACACAGAUUAUCUGCUGGGUAACUACCAAGUUGUGUUCCAGACUGGAUGUACAUUUUCUUACCAGAAUAUUGACACUUUUAACAACACAGAUACCACAAAAAAUAUUGAGACCAAAGUGGAUAUAACAUGGAUUCUUCUGCUGCGCUACUAUAUUCACCUGCAAAGGAUUAAUAAUAUGAGCAAACUGCUUGCAUCUCUAAAGCCGGAAUCGGGAAUUACUUUGCCGGAUGAUACACUUCUCACAUCCUUGUUCAACUCUGGGUUGAUUUUGCGUCAAAAAGAAAUGCAUUUUUUCCUUAAAAGAUUCUUACAGCUGUAUUCUUCCUCCUGUAUUGACGAAUUUCCAAAAGAACUACUUCAAGGGUUGGAUUAUCUACCUUUUUCAGAAAAAGUCAUCUAUGAGUCAUCACACAAGAUAGGUCAUGAAAAUUCUCUACAUUCCAAUUUAUCAUUAAAGCUCAGUGCCAGCCAGUCUGAUGGCUGCAUGGCAACAUCAGAGAUGGCAACCCAUGCUUUAAACAAAGAGCUUUGCUUUCAGUGGUACAUUCCUCCCCUGGAAAGAUCUCCAAAGGAAACAGAACCAAUGGUCUUAUUGUUAUAUGCAUAUAAUAUGAAGCCUCUGAAGAUUACAGAUAUUAAAUGUACCACUUACAGUCAGCUAUUUGUUGGCUCUUUUUGGGUUCCACUCUACAGAGUCAUUUCAAUUCAUGAGAAACUAUCUAAUCUUACGCAAAUUGCUGAAAUUUCAUUGCCAACAAGCCCUGAAGUAACUUCAAGUGAAACUGUAUCUCAGGUACAAGAAAUGGAGGACACCUCAGUUGAUAAAGAAAUGGAAUGCAUGAUUAUUGAAUGCUGCUCUGAAAUAAUAACCCUGUUUCUGAGAGAUGGAGAGACAACACCACUAACUGAGGUUCCAUUUGAUAUCUCGCUGCCGUCGAUAUUCAAUCUUGAGAGACUUUUUGAUCUUGCUAAUGGUUGUAUCAUAUCAGGAGGAAGCCUUUUCGACUGGAUUGUGUCAAUUAUUCCCUGA